AUGAAAAUUUAUCCGUUUUUCGUACGUGUGUAUUUUUCUAGGGAAGAUCUAUUCAGUCGACUAGAUACAAUAAAUGAACAUUUUUUAAAUAGAUUUGUUAUUCUAGCAAGACGUUAUCUUCUUCGAGGAUUAGAACGAGAUUGUCGAUUACGUUCAUCAACGAAAUCCAUGAUCACUCGACGUCAAACUGGUUUAAUUCAUUCAUUAUGCAAUGCUCUUUUAUUUUAUUUAUCAACAUCAGAUCAUUCAUCGAAUGAAAAUAAACAUCAAAGACCAAAAUCAGCUAGUUCAUCAUCAAAAUAA